CACGCUUUCAGUGAAUGACAACUCAAUCAAGACUUCAAUUGAAUUCAAUUAUCACUUAAUCGGUUCCCAAAUGUCUGGCAAAUCAUAUAACCGUCCGCUGGAGCACAAAGAGUAUCUGAAACUCAAGUAUUUGACACCAAAUGAUGGCAAAGACGAUAAGAAAAAGAGGAUUAAAAUAAAGAAAUCGCUUAAACCUAAGAAUAAGAAAAUCCGCAUCUUUGACGACGACAUAGACCUCAAGAACAUCGACGCCAACGCCAGCGAUGAAGACCUGUAUUUUGGGACCAACGAAGAGAAACCCAUUAUAGCAGAAGUGGUCGACGAAAGACCUCUUCAUAUGAGACGCAAAGACAUCGACAGAAACCGAUGGAAAGCCAUUGAUUCCAAUGUUGAUGAGACGGACAAGAGAUCUAAUGAGAGAUUAAGACACGAUUCAGACAGCGAUUUGUCACCCAUUAGGACAACGAAGAAGACAAGACCUGUUGGUAAAGACUUGUCUCCUAAACGGAGGCGAAGACAUGAUUCAGACAGUGAUUUGUCUCCCGUUCGCACAAAAGACACCAAAAAACGGGACUCAAGUGUAGGCUCAAGACAUAGAGAUAAUAAGAAAGACAAAGAUUUAUCUCCAAAACGGAGGCGACACGACUCUGACAGUGAUUUAUCACCCGUUAGAUCAGUUGAGACCACAAAACGUAGUAUUAGUCAUAAGGACAACGAUUUAUCUCCAAAACGUAGACGUGAUUCAGACAGUGAUCUCUCGCCACAAAGAGAGACAAAUGGGAGACACAAGACAUCUGACAUAAGACAUAAGACAUCUUUGGAUAAUAAGACAUCUGAGAGCCGACACAACUCUGACAGUGACUUAUCUCCACCGAGAGGUCAAAGCGAUGACAAAAAGCCUAAAAAGCGUGAACUGACUCUCGGCGGCAAAAAGGCUGGCCUUUCAGAUGGAAAGUUCUUACGCGAAGAACUGAUGGCCACUAAACGGAAGGAACAAAAACUAUUUGAGUCGAUAAGCGAUGAAAUGUUGGGCAAAAACGCCAAAACCGUUUUCAGAGAUUCAAAAUCUGGACGAAUCCGAGACCUCGAAGAAGAGGCCAAACUUGAGUUCGAGAAGAAUUUAAUUAAAGAUAAAAUUGAAGCCCAAAAGAAAGCCAAAUACGAGAAGUGGUCUAAAGGUGUGGUUCAGACACAACAGCGACAAGAGAAGAGAGAGUCGGAUCGGCACGAGAUGUCCAAACCGUUGGCCCGCUAUGAGGGGGACGUCGACUUGGAUAAGAUGUUGCGGGAGAAGGAGCGCGAAGACGACCCGAUGGCGGCUAUGAUCCGCAAGAAUAAAGACGAAGAGAAACUGAUUGACGGAACCGUUAAAGUGAAGCCCAAAUACAAAGGACCGGCGCCUCCACUCAAUCGCUUCAAUAUAUACCCCGGCUAUCGAUGGGAUGGCGUCGACCGCUCCAAUGGCUUUGAGAAGAAGCAUUUCGACCGAAUCGCUAACAAGGAGUCCACUCUUGAGGAGGCGUAUCGGUGGUCCACUCAAGACAUAGGUCCGACCGAUAUAUUGAGGGCUUUGGCGGAUGUCACUCAACGGGACUUCAGUGGACCCGACUAUCGCUAUAUUGACGACCCGUUUCUCACACCACUUAGUAAUCACCAAAAGCGGUUAUUCUCAUUGUCUCGAGAGUCUGGUCGUCGAGCGGCGAAGUAUGUGUUCGAGGAGUUCCCGGAACUCUUCUUUAGAGACGUGUCGGAGCCCAAGAUCGAGGCCUUCACUUAUAAAGAGGUUUACGACGAGAACACAGAAGUGGAUGAAACAGAUCUCAAGAAGUGUAUCGCACGUAAAGAAGUGAAUCAUUCAAUGGUUUGCUAUAAAAACAUGACGAGAGAUGCAAAGGAAAUAAGUGGACAAACGGUACAGAAAUUGUUAGAAUUGGUCUGUUUUUACAACUGCGAGGAACCGGUGGACAUGGAGUUCAUUAUCGAGAAAUCAUUCUCCAAAGAAUCCGAAAGACUUCUCGUGGUUUGGAAAGACAACGGAUUUGCGGAACAAUUGUUUGAUUCAAUUGCGGAGAAAACGAGUGAAACGUAUUGCGCUUUAAUCCAAGGAUUAGCGAAACACUCGCAGUCGCAGAAGGCUUACCAAUACUAUCGGGAAAUGAUUGAAAAGGGACUCAAACUAAAUACAGAGACCUAUAAUAGUCUGAUAAAAGUGGCGCCGAUGUUGAGGGAGUCGAGUGACACGCGUUGGGUAUAUGUCGAGGAAAUCCUGAAUUGCAUGAAAAGCAAUGCAAUUAAACCCAAUUUGCAGACAUUGAACAACAUGUUGGAAGUGAUCACUCGAUUCGGAGCCAUGAGGUUCACUCAGAAUUUUGCCAAAAAGACUUUGGUUGAGAUGACCGUUAACUUAGGGGUUGAGCCAUCGUUGGCCACAUAUUAUCAUUUGCUGAACAUAUUCUCCAGAGACAAGAGUCCUACCUCUCACGUGUUGUAUGAGAUAAUGGAUAAAAUCGAUGGCAAAGAAUUUGUGAUUCGAGAUCCAAAAGAUGUUAAUUUCUUUUUGACGGCAAUGAGUGUGUGUCAGAGAUUGGGUGACAUAUCACUCGCUUAUAGACUCCACGAAUUGGUCUCAAAGGGAAAUAAUUCAAGAUUAUUGGGAAAUAUAUUGAAUGAAUCGACGUAUUAUCAAAAGUUUUUCCGACUGCUCACCACAUCAGAAGACAUAAAAGUUUUUAUGGAGUUCUAUGAGAAAUAUGUGCCACACGUCUACAUCCCGGAACCGGUGGUCUUAUCAGACAUCUGGAGAAUGAUUCAACUCUACGAUGGAUACCAUUAUUUGCCCAGAAUUUGGGAGGACUUCAAAAACUUUGAAUAUAUGUCUCAGAUUAAUCUUAUGGAAGAGUUUUUGGGCUUAAUCUCAAUUGCAAAAGUAAAUGAAGAUUUGCAAAAACAAUUCACUGCAAUCGUGAAUGAGAGCUUGAAAUUCAUUGAUUCACGACUUGACCAUCAAUUACAAGAAGGACACGUUGUUGUUCAUCAAUUCACUGGUGUUUUGCUCGGAUACGCGAUUGACAUCUAUUUGAACGCCAAUGACAUGGAGAGCGCCCAAUCGGUUCUCAACAAAUUGACUCAAACGAAAAAAGUGACCGGAAAUCCAAGUGACCAAACAUUGGGCCGAUUUUGUAUUAAAGCAAUCGAUGCCAAGAAGUAUGCAUUUGCUAAACAGUGUAUUGAGUUUGGCUUAGAGUUAGGUAUGACUGAAAUGGUCGCUCAUGUCAAACAACACAUCACAGAAUCACCGGAUAUGGACCCAAAUAUUAAAGCCUUAUUAGUGGAGACGUGCGGUAAAGGGGAAGUGGUGUCAGAAGAAGAAACCCGAGAGUCACCCAUCGAUGAUAAUCCCAUAGACAACAAGAGUUCAUUUUAGAUGCAUUUUAUAUAACAUUAGAUUUAAUUUAGUUUGUCUUUUGUAACAAAUAUUGA